AUGGCAUCCGAAGCCGAUAAGACCAACCCUGAGCUGGCUGCUGCCGCCGAUGCGCCCGUCGAAAACGGAAAAUCUGACGCUCCAGAUACGAUAAACGAAUACAGACAGCGUGCGGAGCGGUUCGGGACGGAGCUGACCAUCAGCGAGGCGGAGAAGCGCCGCCUGCGGGCUGAACGGUUCGGCACUGUAGACGCCACAGCUGCCGCGGAGGAAGCCAAGAAGGCUGCGCGAGCCGCCAAGUUUGGGAUCACAGCGGAUAAGGACGCCGGGAAUGGCGCGAGCGGUGGUGGUGGGGGCAGCAGUCAGGCGGACAAGGCUGCGGAGGAGGCGCGGAAGAAGGCACGCGCUGAACGGUUCGGCACGAGCCAGCUGUCCGCGCUGAGUGCGGAGGAAGCGGCCAAGCGGGAGGCUCGAGCCAAGAAGUUCGGGACGGUGGGAGAUGGCGCUGCAGCAGCAGUGGUAGCGUCUGGAGGGGAUAAGAAGAGAGACACGUCCGCCAAUCCUGCGGACAGCGAGCUCGAGGCUAAGAAGAAGGCUCGGGCGGAGAGGUUCGGCACAUCUGCGCCUGCCGCGGCUGCUGCAGGGGCUACCAAGGAUGAGGGCGGCGCUGUUGCGGACAGCAGCAGCUAA